AUGGGCAACUUCGCGGAACAGGCCAUCGAGGAGGGUGAAGAGGAGGAUAAGGAAAGCGGCAAAGAAAAUGACUUCUUCAAAGUCGACACAUGUGGGCGACAAAAACCCCACAGUUGGGGUGAUGCCUCCCACAAAGCGUCAAUAUCCACGACGGGUGGCAUAGCUUUGGUGCAAGCCCUGUACCAGACGAAUAGGGUACAGAUCGGCUUCAGAAGGGACUGGGCGGUGAAUGAAAAAUGGAUCCACUAG